AUGAACGACCACAUUGAUGAGUCACCUACAACAACGAAAACAUUUCGUUUUAGUUCAGGUCAAAUUUUGACACUAAAUGAAUAUCAAAUUGAAAAAAUUCCAUAUUUGACUGCAUUGGUUUCUGCUGGGCCUAGUUUCGACUCCAUCAAAGUCGAUGAAGGACACUAUUUACUCGAUUCUCGCAUUGACUAUCAACAUUUUCUAUUUGUUCUUGAUUCAAUUUCAUUUCAUUCGAUACGACAAAUAUUUACUCAUCUACCUAAAUAUUAUAACAUUUUGGCUAUUAUUGCUCUUUUGGAUUUCCUAGCUAUUCGAUCUGAAAGAAAUCCAACUCUGGAAGAAGUUAAUUUAAGUUUUUUCUGGAAUUUCGAAUUUGGUGAUAAAUUAGAUAUAUAUCAAUUUAUUUGUAGACUAUCUGAUAUUCAAGACAUGACUGUUCGAUUCGCUAUUGCUAUGGCAAAAGAAGAAUAUGAUUUUCGAAAUCGGCAUGAGAUCGAUCAAAUCUAUUGGUUCAUUAUGUUUAUUCUUAGUGCUCACAAAUUAUUUGAAACAAAUCUUCGUUAUCAUGUACAUAAAAUUUCCCAAAAUUACUUUUCUAUAUAUUGUCCAUCCUUAUUAGAAUAUUUGAAUCGACUUGAACAGAGAGCAGAAAAAGAAAUAUAUGAAACAUCGAUCAUAACAAGUACUCAUAUUAAUCCUCAUAGAGACAAUUAUUUUGUGUGGAAUUUGAAUGCGUUCACCAAUGACUGUAAAUUUCAUGUUUGGGAUGUCAAUCGUCAUUUAUGUACCAUACGCCGUUUGGGUUUGACUUUCAGGCGCUGCUCUUGCAACAAACUCGUGAUAUGCUUCAAGCCGAAAAAAGAUUAUAAUUUUUUCAGUGAUUGUCGUAAAAAGUUGUACGAUAUAGAUAAAAAUUUCGAACAUUUUUAUCAAACAAUAUUAGAAAAUAUGUACAAAUCUUUACUAGGUACAGUAUUGAAAUAA